AUGUUCAGUAUGCUUUUACAUUCACCCAACAAGCGACCAAGUUCAUGGCUGAUUCCGGAGAAUAAAAGACAUUCGUCUUGGGCGUUCCGUCGAGAACUCGCCCUCCAGUCGCAACCUGGCCAGCCGCACCAUAAGGGAGCUCAUCCCGAUCCGGACGGUGCUCCUCAUUAUCCACAGCCGCGUCAGUAUGAUGAAGGGAUCCUGGGAGAUCUCACCGGAGGACGUCCCGGAGCAAUUAUUGAAACCGAAGAACAGCUCGCAAUCAAGGCCCAGAUAUUGGAAGAGAUUGACACCAAGACUCGCAUCUACCCAGCCUGGAUGGACCAACAGUACGGUGCUCUCAUUGAAGAUGAGGAAGCUGAAUUUGACAUUGACGAUCCUGACGCAAUCGAUAGCUCAACUCUAGGAACCUGGACGAUACAAGAUUUGAGGAGCAAGUUUGACUACGAAUGGGACCCCAACUCGGGCGAGCCGGAUCCCAACAUGUUGGAGAUCACUCGCGAUGAUGUUCGUUACGUCAAAGAGAAUGAAAAAGAUGAGGAUGGCGUGGAAGUGGGAUAUAAUCCCAUGUUUGGGCCUUCCAAUCCAAUCGAUACCCGUACCAUUCUUGGAACCAUGGACUCGUACAUGAUCGACGAUCGAUCCCGCGAUGACACAAUGCUGACGCCACAGUUCUACGAAGGAGACCCCGAAAUUGGUUUCAACGAAGAUAUCGUGCAGUUCCGCAAGUCCCUCGAUAUUAUGGAGACUUACAUUGAUCCAUUUUUGCCCGAUGAUAUGCCUAUACCCCGUCACGUGGCCAAGUGGCACGGAUAUCCCGAACAAACAUUUUUGGAACCCAAAAACUAUACGAACAAUCGCUUUACUGAAAAACCAACCGACUUUGACGCCAUGACCCCUCACCGAGCUCGACAACGUGCUGUCGAAUUAGCGCGAUCUAAGAAUGCCGAAUGGCUGCCAGAUGGAGUCUCUCAGGCCUGGCACACUGAACAGCGGCAACCCUACGAAGAUUGUGGUACAUUGGUGGGCACCUUGCGUAAGGGCGAAUAUUCAGCCCGCGUUAAAGGUUUUGGGGUCGUCGGUGGAGCUGCUCUCUAUUGAUGGUUCUGUUUUCCGAUUCCACUACCAUGGUCUCAUGAAGAAUCGCCACGGAAUGAGAUGUUGGGCAGAAACUAUGCUGGCCGAUUGCGGGGUUGAAGUCACGGGGGUUGUUUUCGAAACGGGCUUCCGCCGUAGAGAUCCUGCCUACGAUGGUGGCGACUAUUGGUACGGUCCGUCCAAUUAAUGAGCUAUUGUGCAUAGCUGUGCCUAGAUGCAAUGUGUCAGGAUUCCAGAAUCGGACUUGCCAUACGCGUAGAACAGUCGUCAGGUAUCAUCCGUAACGACCAUAUUUGGCGCUUGUAGAACACUUGUUGUUACUU